UCUGCUCUCUCUUUUUCUCUCUCUCUCUCCCUCCCUCUCUGUUGUGUGUCACCCGAGCAGUCUCCAGCAGGCUGUGUGUGUUUACCCUCGCUUGGCCUGGCAACAGGGGCCGCAUGCUCAGGAUUACCGGAGGCCCUGUCUUUCAUCGCCGCCUGCUCCCUCUUCCUUUUGCCGUUGAAGUCCUACAUUGUGAGAGCCAUCAGUGUGCGAGGGGCCGGCAGGGAGAGAAGUGAUUUUAGGGGUUUUUUGUGAGUCCUACUACCACUUUUCUGCAUCUUUUCUCUCUAGCGUGACACUCAGCCUUUAAGGGUUUAUUUUUAUGAUUUUGUUUUUUUGGUCUGGAGUACUUCAUUGUGGAUUUGUGGUGAUUAAAGCAAGAUGGAUCAUUCUCUGUUCGGCUGCCUGCGGAACCCACACGCUCCAGCCCAGACGCUCCACCCGGCCUUCACCCAGUCCUCGCUGACAUUGCACGGCCGCUCUGAUCAUGUCUCCUACCCUGAUUUGCCAGGGCCCUCGCCGCCAUGCAGUUACCAAGGAGAGGAUGGAGGUUUUGCAGGGCUUCAUGCACGCAAUCAUCCUUCUCAGCAACUGCCCCAUCAUCAACAGCACCAGGCUGCCUGGCAUCUUCAGCAGAUGCCCUCACCUGGCAACACCUGUCAUGCCACGUGCCUUCCUCACUCUGACACUCCUGCAGCAGAGCUUUGCACGUCUGGAGGAAUAGUGGGUCAAAAUAUAUGCACAGCAAACACAGCCCUAGGAAACUCUGACCCAUCAGUGUGCGGGUCUGCAGACUACGGCCGGCAAACCAUGUCACCCAUCGAACCAGAGAGGAGGAACAGUAAAGGAAAAAGUGACAAUUCAGAUUCCCAAGACGGAAGCUAUAAGUCAGACGUGAGCAGUAAGCCCAGGAAGGAGCGCACAGCAUUCACCAAGGAGCAGAUCCGGGAACUGGAGUCAGAAUUUGCCCACCACAACUAUCUGACACGACUAAGACGUUAUGAAAUCGCUGUCAACCUUGACCUCACAGAGAGACAAGUCAAAGUUUGGUUUCAAAAUAGGAGGAUGAAGUGGAAACGAGUGAAAGGAGGACAGCAGGGAGCUGCAGCGCGUGAGAAAGAACUGGUGAAUGUGAAGAAAGGAACUCUGUUGCCCUCCGAGUUUCCUGGCAUGGUAGGACUGCAUCACCCUGUAGGCUCCCCGGUCAACGAGGACGACAGUCACGACAGUGACCAGAGCUCUGAGCAUGUUCACUUAUGACCUUCUGAGAACGUCCACCUGAACCUUACAGUUUUCCUCAGGAAUCAAAAAUCUUAGGAUUCUAGAGCCUUUAAAUCUAGGGCAGGUUAGUAGCAAUUGCUAAGAAUCUGCAACAUCUUUGAGAUGGAAAGACUGUACAUGGACAAAGAAUGAAGGACUGGAAUUAUGGAUGAGGAUAAAUGACUGCAUUUUUUUUUUUUACUCGUGAGCUGUAGCUUGACAUUUGAAUUUUGUUAAUAAAUGAAAGAUUGUUGUAAACAUUCCACAUAAGUGCCUUGGGGGAAAAAAUUGCACUGUUUUAUGUAUUGCCUUAACUGAUUGCUACUGUAUUGACUUAGUUUUAAAUUUGAUGUAAAUGAACAUGUGCAUCAUUGAGGAGGCAGUGUUUUAUUAUUAUUAUUAUGAUUAUUAUUAUUAUGAUUAUUAUGAUUAUGAUUAUUAUGAUUAUGAUUAUUAUUAUUAAUAAUAAUAAUUGUUGUCAUUAUCAACAUCAUCAUCAUCAUGCAUCAUGCUUACUUUUAAUUGGCCAUUUAUAUCCUAUACAAAAGCAGUUACUAAUAUGCUGCACUUCUAACUGGGUUAAACAUGCACCAAUGCUACAAUUUACUUUGAAUAUUAUGUUAAAUAUUAUAAUUUGACUGAAUAUUCAGUGUAUAAAAAAAAAAUUAACACUUUAACAGUUUGAAAUUUGCAUUGCUUAAUUCCUGUUAGCAUGAAGGCUGUUUAUAAGUAAUUAUGCAAAAUAUAUGAACAGUUCAUUUUAUACCGUUUCUGAUCUACUUCCUUCCGUCUAUUUCUUUUUUCAAUUUAAUAUGUUUACCUUUUGAAUAAACAAGAAUUAC